GGGGACCUUAAAAUCGACACGCUAGAAACAUGGACAUGGUUUCAAUUUAAAUCUCAACAACAGAAGCUAUUUAACUUUAUAGCAGCGUGGUCGCGAGUUUUACAUGGGUAAAAGCAGUCACUUGUCCUCGGAAAAUGUAACAAAUUUUUAGAUGCCAUAUCGGUCAGAGGAAGGAAUAAAAGCAGCUCAAGGGUGGUGUAAUUUUCAGCAUAAUAGCUUUGAGUGUUUGGAUUUGGGUCUUGUAAUCUGAAUGGACUGUAUCCAGGAGGGCGUGUUUGAUUUCAGCACGUCUUCCUGUUCUCAGUCUGGAGGAAACCGCUCUUUCGUAAGCAAAUAUAGCAGUUACUGCUCCGAUCGUUUAAAUAUAAUGCUUACCGUUCUUCUCAUUUGUGGAGGACUGGUCGCGUUUUACCUGUUGCUGUGCGUGACGGUGCUGCACCUGCCAAAAUGUAAAAGUACGGCCAAGCUGCACGGGAAGACCGUGAUCGUGACUGGGGCGAACACUGGUAUCGGCAAAGCCACCGGGCUGGAUCUGGCUAAAAGGGGAGCUCGUGUGAUUCUGGCCUGCAGGGAUGAAAGCAGAGCUCAGGCUGCUGUCAAAGACAUUCAGAGGGAAUCAGGAAACAAAGAAGUCUUGUACAUGCACUUGGAUCUGGCCAGUCUGAAAUCUGUGAGGUCUUUUGCUGAAAACUUUCUCAAGAAAGAAUCCAGGUUGGACAUUCUUAUCAACAAUGCAGGACUUGUUAUUGAUGGCAACACUGAGGAUGGCUUUGGAAGGAUCUUUGGCGUCAAUCACCUCGGUCACUUUCUGUUGACCGUCUUGCUGCUGGAAAGGUUAAAAGAGUGCGGCUCCAGCAGAGUUGUGACAGUUUCUUCAAAUUCCCAUCGAUGGGGAAAAAUUGAUUUUGACUGCAUCAACACUCAUAAAAAUUUGGGUUUAGGAAAUUCCACAGUAGCCUUAAUAAAGUCGUACAAUCACAGCAAACUCUGCAAUGUCCUCUUCACUCAUGAACUGGCCAGGAGACUCAGAGGCACAAAUGUCACCUGCUACAGUCCUCAUCCAGGACCUAUCAAAACAGAGAUCAUUCGCCACAGCGAUUUAUGGUGGAGGCUUUUCAUGGCACCGAUUUUGCUGCUUUUCUUUUCGGAUGUGGAAUCUGGAGCUCAGACGUCUCUUUAUUGUGCACUUCAAGAGGGUAUUGAACCCUUGAGUGGACGCUACUUCUCUAGAUGCGCAGCGCAGAAUCUCUCCGCUAAAGCCAGAGAUGAUGCAGUAGCCAAAAAGCUUUGGGAAGUCAGUGAGAGGCUUGUUGGUUUAGCUUGAGAUCAGUUUCGUUCUUCAUCUGGCAAUCAUUGUGUUUAUAACCUGCUCUGACCAGAACAAACAAGCUGUUUAAUUCUAAUAAAAUUACUUUAAAAAUUGUGUCCACGUAAAUAUCACAAAUUAGCAAGAAUUAGCAGAAUCCACUGCGCAUGUUGACACAUUUUCACUUCCUAAAGUUUUUGGCACCAGCUUUCCACUACAUAAAUCAUGUGUCUUUAUCAUACCAGAGUAAAGACGUAACUCACUGGGUGUGUCUGGGAUACAGAGAUCUUAAUGUGUUGAAUUCGUUACCUCCCAGGUAGAUUACGUAAUUUAAAUAGUAAAGGAACAUUGUGCCCUAUCACCUUUGGAUUGCAAAUGUUAAAAAUACAUCAAGGCAUACAAACACUCUUAGCCAAGUUCUUCAUGAUAAAGUGAAACUAUAUGGGUUGGUGAUGUAAUCACUACUAGGUAAUUAAAACAACAUUCAAUCACUUCUAUCAGUUUUACCAAUUACUACUACAAAGAUUUUUUUUUAAAGAAUCACAAGACACAACUGCUGAAAUCCAGCUUUGCCAUUCCUAAAAUAAUUCACAUUUUAAAAUAGAAUGUGAAUAUAAUAUAAUAAGGUAGAUGUUAAGGAUAGAUUUUUUUUUCUGCUUAUUUUACUGUGUUUAGGCUCAACAUGUUACUAAAUGUUUCUGUAAGGGGAACAAUACCAAAUUUCGAAAUGUAUUAUUAGUAUUUUAUUUACAGCCUUGUUGUUUGAUGUUGUGAUUGUGUGUUUUAUUCUAUAAUUUAUGCUUACUUGUGAUGCUUUAUCGUUGUUCGAUAUUCACUGUUAUGAAUAUGAAAGCACCUUUAACUCACCUUUAACAAAAGUACUACAUUUUCAAAAGUUUCCAGCCCUACUUCGUACCGCCAUUUGAUAAUAAAUGCCAAUAUAUUAAGAUAAACGAGCAGAACU